UGGACGAGGAGGAGCUGGGAGAAGGCGGCGGCCCGGCGGGGCAGAGAGGCAAGGAGGAGGCGGGCUGCGCGGGGGUGUGGGGCUCAGAGCGGCGCCGGGAUAGCGCGGAGCAGCCGGGCACGGCGGCCACGGCAGCCAGGGCCUGGGCCGCGGUUCGGCCGGGCCGGCCGAGCUGGACUGACCAUUAUGGAGGAAGAGCUGCAGCAUUCGCACUGCGUGAAUUGUGUCAGUAGACGGUGUAUGACCAGACCAGAGCCUGGGAUUUCCUGUGACUUGAUUGGUUGUCCAUUGGUUUGUGGAGCAGUUUUCCAUUCUUGUAAAGCUGAUGAGCAUCGACUUUUAUGUCCAUUUGAACGAGUGCCUUGUUUAAAUAGUGACUUUGGAUGUCCAUUUACAAUGGCUCGAAAUAAAGUUGCCGAACAUCUAGAAGCAUGUCCUGCAAGUGUGGUGUGCUGUACUAUGGAGUGGAACCGAUGGCCAGUUAGUUAUGCAGACAGAAAAUCUUACGAAAAUCUAAGCAGAGAUGUUGAUGAAGUGGCACAAUUAGAUAUGGCCUUGGCCCUUCAAGACCAAAGGAUGCUCUUAGAAUCUCUCAAAGUAGCCACCAUGAUGUCAAAAGCAACUGAUAAGGUAUCAGAACCUAGAGAACAGAUCUCAGUUAAAUCAAGUGUCUCAGAAAUACCACAUACUAAUGGUUUGGUAUCUGUUGAUGAAGAAUCUUAUGGUGCACUUUAUCAAGCUACUGUUGAAACAACUAGAAGUUUGGCUGCCGCUUUAGACAUCCUGAAUACCGCCACAAGAGACAUUGGCAUGUUAAGUUCGAGUCUUUGUACUUCCCCAAAUGAAAUAAAUGAAGAGCAGAAUUCCAGAGAAAGCUUGAAAGACCAAGAUCAUCUUUAUGCUGAUGAGAUAGGAGCAGUAGGUGGGAUUGACCAUAAUGACACAAGUCAGAAUGCCCAAUCUGAACAAAAUGGUUCAAGUGAUUUAUUAUGUGACUUGGAUGCCAGUUCUUAUGGCAGUUCUGCUCUUUGUAAUGGCUUCCCUUUGGAAGAUAUAUGCACACAGGUCAUAGAGCAGAAUCAGAAUUUACAUGGUGACUCAAAACAAAAUAACUUAACAAAUGGAGAAUGUGUAGCAUCAGAUGGCAUUUCAGAACCUUCUAGUUCACUUUCAGUAGCAGCACAACUUAGGGAAGUAAUACCAGCUAAUGCUUUGCCUAAUGGCACUGUUCAGCAUAUCCUCAUGCCAGAUGAUGAUGAAGGAGACUUGUGUUGGAGAAAAGUAGACUUGGGGGACCUGAGGAAUAUGGAUGUUUUAUCUUUCAAUCAUCCUCCUUCAUUCAAAUUUCUUUCUAACUCAUGUUGGUCUAAACCAAAGGAAGAUAAAGCAGUAGAUACAUCAGAUUUGGAAGUUGCAGAAGAUCCAAUGGGCCUCCAAGGAAUAGAUCUAAUCACAGCAGCACUACUGUUUUGUCUAGGAGAUUCUCCAGGUGGGAGGGGUAUAUCUGAUAGUCGCAUGGUUGAUGUUUAUCACAUUGACUUUGGGACUCAGACUUUUUCACUUCCAUCUGCAAUAUUAGCUACAAAUACAAUGGUUGGGGAAAUAGCUUCAGCUUCAGCUUGUGAUCAUGCCAACCCACAGCUUUCAAAUCCAAGUCCUUUUCAGACACUUGGGCUGGAUUUAGUAUUGGAAUGUGUCGCUAGGUACCAACCCAAACAGCGUUCAAUGUUUACAUUUGUUUGUGGACAGUUAUUUAGAAGAAAAGAAUUUUCAUCGCAUUUUAAGAAUGUGCAUGGUGACAUUCAUGCUGGACUCAAUGGCUGGAUGGAACAGAGGUGUCCUUUAGCAUAUUAUGGUUGUACCUAUUCUCAGCGUAGAUUCUGUCCAUCAACACAAGGAGCAAAGAUUAUACAUGACCGCCAUUUGAGGUCAUUUGGAGUUCAGCCAUCUGUAUCUACAGUAUUAGUAGAGCCUGCUAGAAACUGUGUGUUGGGAUUACAUAAUGACCAUCUAAGUAGCCUUCCUUUUGAGGUCCUACAGCAUAUUGCAGGCUUUCUUGAUGGCUUCAGUUUAUGCCAGCUCUCCUGUGUAUCCAAGUUAAUGAGGGAUGUGUGUGGCAGUCUUCUUCAGUCUCGCGGAAUGGUCAUACUGCAGUGGGGGAAAAGGAAGUAUCCAGAAGGAAAUUCUUCAUGGCAGAUAAAAGAAAAGGUAUGGCGAUUCAGUACAGCUUUCUGUUCUGUCAAUGAAUGGAAAUUUGCUGACAUCCUAAGUAUGGCUGACCACUUGAAGAAAUGCAGUUACAAUAUUGUAGAGAAACGGGAGGAAGCAGUCCCAUUGCCAUGUAUGUGUGUGACACGAGAACUCACUAAAGAAGGACGUUCACUUCGCUCAGUUUUAAAACCUGUACUUUAAAAACCGUAACUCCACUUGCACAUACAUGCAAGUACCUAGUAUAACUCCUUUGUAAUAUGUGACACUUUAUUAAUGUAUUAAAGAUUACAACUAGCUAAAUAUAUUGUCACUAUGUAUAUAAUGCUUUGAAGUGACGUAUAUUUUUAUAAAGUACUGUUUAGUUGGAAGAAGUUGCCUUAAUGUUUGAAAUGUGUGAAUUUUUUGGAACUCGCUGGACAGGGUGAUAUACUUUUUGAGCUACAUAAUUUUCAGAAUUAGUAUUUUUGAUGGUGUGCAUAUUUUGGUUCUUAAUUAAAUUUUUUCUUCUUAAACUAACAAGAUCCUGACCAAUUUAUUUCUCAUAUUUUCUGUGGGUUACAACCCAUGCAUUCAAAAAGCAAAACUUGGAUUCUACUUUUUAUGUCUUAGGCUUUUCAGAUAAAAACAUUCAAUUGCUUUAAGUACUGCAUAAGACCAUUAUAAAGUUUUUACUUUCUAGUACUCCCCUUAUAUGAUUGUUGAUAUGUAGAUGAUUUCUAAUGUAUACAUAAUAUUUAAAAUCAUAAUAUUUGAUGAUGCUAUUUAUAAUAAUUUUAAAAAUAGUCCACAAAAAUGUUUUCACCUUACAUAUUUACAACUCUCAUUCAGUGGUCAUAUAUUUUGUUAGACCCAUGGCAGUGUGUUUUAUGAUAGAUGAAGGCGAAAUCAAACAAAAAGCCUCUGAGUUUAAUUUGAAACUGUAUAUGGCAUCAUAUAUUUGUUAGGUAUUUGAUAUUUGGAGAAAUGAAAAUAUAGUUGGUCCUUCAUAUCUGCAGGUUCUAUAUCUGUGGAUUUAACCAAAGGAUGGAAAAUAUUUGAAAAAAAAUUCCAUAAAAUUUAAAAAACAAAACUUGAAUUUAUCACUCACCUUCAACUAUUUAUAUGGCACUUACAUUAUAUUUACAACUAUUUACAUAGCAUUUACAUUGUAUUAGUUACUAUAUGUAAUCUAGAGAUGACUUAAAGUAUAUGGAAGGAUGUGUAUAGGUUAUAUGCAAAUACUGUGCCAUUUUAUAUAAGGGACUUGAACGUCUGUGAAUUUCGGUACCUCAGGGGGUCCUGGAACCAAACACCUGUGGAUACUGAAGGACGACUGACUAUACCUCAUUGUAAGUUUGAAUUGGGCAUCUUGUGUGAAAAAUUGAAAAUAUUCAUAAUGCAAAGGGCUUAACUUCAUAAGCAUUUAAAAUUUUUGCCUUUCGAUCUUCAUAAAAAUCCUAAUCAUGUUGUUUUAAGACACUUAAAAAUAGGACAUUUGUCUUUGUAAGGUGACAAUCACAAAAUGCAGAAACCUGCCUUGGUUGACAAUCUCUAAACAUUUUCAGGCUAAUAUUCCAUAGACUUCUCUACCAAAAAUGUAAGAAUUCCAUCUUUGUGUAAAAAUCAAAGUAUAACAGAAAAAUAUUCAAAGACCUACUCUUUAAGUAUUUUAUUAUAAUUUUCAACCUGGUUUAUACUAUUAUUAACCUGUUAUGGUCAGUUUAAGAGAAAUGAGUAUAUCAGUAUUAAAUAAAUUGCAAAGCCGGGGACAUGUACUUCAAUAAUUUAGGUAACUUCUGGCCUUUGGUAGUCUGAAAUGAUGACAGGUUACUUUAUUAUAAAAUUUCAAAACUCUGUUUUGUCUUCUCUUCCUACAUUUUGUCCCUGAGAGUACUCUGUUGUCACCUAGGUUCUUGAUUCCCAUAUAUGGCAAUCAGACUGGGCAGAGGCAUUCCUCCUCGGGCAUUACAGGAAAAUUCUGAACUGCUUAAGACUUGUUUUGGUUGGAUCAAGUCCUUAUUACAGUUGAAAAAUAUAGCAUUAGAGACUAAUUAAUUAUUUUGUCUCACCUGAAAUUUUAAUUAGUGGAAUACUUAUUUCUCAGUGCUGAAACUUACCUUUUUCAAUUGUGAUUGAAUUACAAAAAUAGUCUCUUUUUUGUGAAAAAGGAAAAAAAAAUAAGAUGGCAAAUACUCUAAAGUAUAACUCUGCCUUUUCAAGUUUUGCUGAAGAAUGUGUCUGGUUAGGAUAGCACAAACAUUAACUUUUUUUUUAUGGUUGUGCUUUUAAAAUCUUUGUUUUUUAAGUUUCGACUUCUUGUUUCCACUCUGGAUCAUGAGAUAGUUAACAUUUUCCACCUUUUAUUUCUUUUUCACAUCUUUUGCUGUUUUCUUUUUUGUUUGUUAUGCCACCAUACUAUUUUGUUAAAAUGUUUUCUCUGUGUAACAUUUGUUCAAAUUCUAAUAAAAUUAAUAUUUUCCUUUAUAUGGCUCAGUAACUUAAAAAGAAAAACUUACAUUUAAAUAAAAUUUUAAUCCUUGUUUGACAAAUUCCAAACACAAUCAUAUUGUUUCUAUAGUGGGGAUUUUCUGCAUGAUGUAGGAGUUGCUGGUUGAUUAUCAUUGGUCACUCAUGUUUUACCAGUGAACAUGAAUUUUUUUUAAUAUGUAAAACUCAUUAACUAGCUUUCUCUGCCCCUUCCAUGUCUUCUUGAAAGUAGUUCCACCUAGGGGUAUUGAAAGACUGAAGAGUUCCUGGCAAUUUUAUUUUCUAAAAUUUGUAGUGGAUACCAGCCUUUUAUGCAUGAAAAAGUUUGUGUGUUGACCAAGUAAAUUGGCAUUUGAGAAGUCUUUGCUAACCGGCAAGCUAAAGGGCAAGUAUGAGGAAGGAGGGAAAUAAUCUGAAUUCACUUUUGCCCUCUGCCUUCUUUCCGGGAGCUCUCUGCUUAACCUCAAUCUCGCUCUCUUUCCCCUCCCCAAAGAAUCACAGAUCAUUUACAGUAGUGCUUCCCAAAGUGUGGUCCCAGGACCAGUAGCAUCAGCAUCAUCUGGGAAUUUGUUAGAAAUACAAAUUCUUGGAACUCUCCGCAGACUUACAGAAUCAGUCAGAAACUUUGGGUGGGGAGGCUGCAGUCUCCCCAGGUGAUUCUGAUAACAUGGUAAAGUAUGAGAAUUUAGAAUAAAGCCUGGGACAUGCCAGCUAUUCUUGUGAAUGAUGUGUUUUUGGAGCAGGUAUAAGUGUGUACAUAUGUGUAUAAUCCAAAAUUAAGAGUAAUAGUAAUUAGUGUUAGUUAAUGAUUAAAUUUAAAUGAUACAUGUUGUUUCAAACUCAGUGCCAUAUGACAAUAUAUUGGGUACCAUAGGUGGACAUUUUUUUUAAAGCUAGUAUUUAUUAGUAUUAUAAAUUCUCUGUUAUUACUAGUGUUUCAGUAGUGUUUAUUCUGAUCAAGGUAAAUCGCAGUGGAACUUCUGUUCAUUAGCAUUAACGUUUAGCCUAGUCCUCAUUCAUUCUCUUGUUUAGUGGUUGCAGAGUCAUGUGAACAUAUUAGAUUUCUAGGAUAAACAGAGUAGAAGUAAAAGGAUAUUAGAUUAAAUUCUACAAGAAUUUUGUAGGAAUUCUUUCAACCCUGUCAAUAAGAAGUAUUAAAGACUGAGUUUCCGGUUUCAGUAGUGUAGAAUCUUUUUUGGUCUUUGACCCUGUGUUAUGCAUCCCAACAAUGUUAUUGCUGUUAACCAUCCCUUAACAUUGGAUAUUGUGGUCCUUGAAGAUACGGUGUUUAUACCACUGUAUUGGUAACAGAUUUUUAAUCUCUGGCGAUUUGUAGUUUUUGUUUAGAUUUCAUGUUUUGCAUCCCUACCUAAAAAGACAUGGAGUUGAUUAAUUUUUAAAAUGUUUAAGGAAUCAGUAUUGGAGACAUUAAAAAGUAUAUUAAUACGUUUCAUGCCUGACACACCACAUUGAAAAGCAAUGUAAUUAGAAUCUGCAGAGUUAGGUAUUUAGAAUUGCAAUAGAAAGCAGUUGGCCUUCAUUCUUUCAAAGGCUGGACAGAGCCUUUUGAUGGAAAUAAUUUCUCUGAUGUGUGCUUAGCUGAUUAUCUAAAUAUACUUAUUAGUCAACAUGCUAGUAAGGCCUAGGAAACAAGAGUAUUUAGUUACACCUUAAAGAAAUCAAUGCAUCAGUGACUCAUCCAUUGUGUUUAAAAUGAUUCAGUGUUGGGUUGUUUUUAGGAUUUGAUCUAAAUCUGAUUUCCAAACAAAAAACUUUGAUGUACAAUUAAACACCCACACUAGUAAACGCCUUUCCAAAUAAAAGAGGAUGUUUAGUCACCUUUUACAUAAUUAUCUUCCUUGAUUUAAAAGAUCAAAGUAAGUUCAAGAGACCUUUUCAGUUUCCGUUGUAUGGAUGAAAAAACUGAGGUAUUCGAAGUUUAGGUAAUGAUGAAUGUAUUGGGUAUUUGAGAAAAAGAUGUUCUGACGCAGUUCACUUUUCUUCUUUACAAACACAGAAAGAGAACACUUAGAUGUAGGGAAAUUAUUUUGGACCAUUUUUUUGCCUAGAAUAUUUGAUUCCUAAUAUUCCUAGUAAGUGUUUUGGAAAGAACUAUUGGGUAAUACCUUUGUAAACAAAGUAAAAUUAACUAGGUACGAUAUGCUGUUCUGAAAACCCUUUGCAAAAAUAGGGUCUUUUUCUGAAUUUGUAGAAGUAUUUUAUUGCAUCUGUGGUUGGUAAAAUUCUAUCAAUGCAUUGUUUAUACAUAUCUUUAUUUGCAUGUAUAACCUCCAGAAAUCAGCCAAGUAGAUUUUAAUACAUCUUGAGAUUACUAAUGGAGAUACAUCUUGAAGCGCUUUUUUUCUUUAGAACAUUUCACAGCUGACAUUUUGUAUUCAGAAUGUUUGACAUUCCAAUGUAUUAUGUGAGGAGUGACUUUUCAUUAAUUUAGUAAACUACAAAGAAAUGAGUUACAAGGAUGAUUCAUGAACAUGCUCUUGGAAAUACAGUAAAAACUCAUUGAUAUGAAUCUCCCUGUUUUAUAACUAUCUUUGACAUGCUGUACUGAAGCAUCUAUUAUUUACUUGGAAGAAAAGCAUUUCUGAAGCAAACUGACAAUAGAAACAAGGGAAAUCUGUUUCUUUCUCACUAACACCAAAAAUUUUUAAGCAUCCUCAAAUCAUUUUAUUAACCCAUUUUCAUGCAAAUAUUAUUGUAAGAAAUGAUUCUUUGAUAAUGGGUAGUUCUAAUGGUGGUAACUGUGUGUUUGAAAGUAAUAAAACCACAUUUCAUUGAAUUCCUAAGACUGACCACCUCAUUAAGUCAAAUUGUCCUUUUCUAGUAAAAGCAAAGUCAACAGAUUUAAUUUUUGCCAUUUUCUAAUAUAAAUUGUUAGAAUUUUUUUUUUCAGACAGGUCUACAAACAGGUAAAUAGGUUGAUAUAUGUGCUGGUUCAUUCUUUGACAGAGGAGCUGAUUUCCUUACCCCUUGCAGUCAGAGUAACAUUAAUUGUUAAAUUAUUAUUCAGUGGUCUAAUGACAUAAGAACAGUAGCAAUAAUUUGUUAUUAAAAAGAUUGAAGUUGGAAAAAGGAGAUUCUCCCUUUUGCUGUCCUAGAAUUUUUUCAUUGAAGUCUUUCUUUCCGUAUUUGUCAUUAUUGCUUGUUUAUCCCAUGAUUUCAAUUUUCUAAUCGGGUAAUCAAAAAACCUAGAUUAAGUACAUGGAGUUUUAAAAAACUUGUUUUGCUGAUCAGCCUAUGUUUAGUAGUUUUGGUUGAUAAAGUUUAUAGAUUUAAGUUUUUAGCUUCCUUUAAAGUCUCUCAACUCACAAAUAGAUUUGUUGUGUUGAAAAAUUGAAGUGUCAGCGUUCAGAUUAAACACAUUGAUUCAAAGAAAUCAAACCACAGUAACAGAAGCAAUAAUAGAGUAUUAUACCUGUUCAAGAGUAAAAUUAUCCAGUGAAUAUUUAAUUGUGUCAACUGGAUGUCUUUUAUAUUAAAUGAUAACUUUAAAAAAUGUUACCUGUAUUAGAGAUUUGAAAUAAAAAUGGAGAAUCAUAGUGAUUCCCUACAACAUUCCAAUAGUUUUACGAUUAAAAACUCUGAUAUGAAAUAAAUUAUGUUGAAUGGUUAAUAAUUCGAUGGAUGUGAAUUCUAAAUAUUUUAUGCUGCAUUUGAAAUAUUAACGUUGUAUCGUUCAUUUGAUCAGUGUUUAAGCACCAAUCAAUCCUGAAAACUUGAAUUGCAUUCUGAAAGGUAAUUGCACUGACUCAUUAACUUACCUCAGGUGUCAUUUAAUUUCUGAAGUAUCUUUUUUUUUUCUCAUGAUUUACAUAGAGUUGGUUUAUUUUGGUCUUAAAUUCAAAAGAAAUGGUAUUUCUUGAGAAACAUGCUAAGUGAAAGAAGCUAGACCCCAAAGGCCACAUAUUGCAUGAUUCCAUUUAUAUGACAUAAUCCAUAAUAGGCAAAUCUAUUGAGAGAGAUCAGAUUAGGGGUUGCUAGGGGAUGUGGGGAGGGAGUGGUAGGGAGUGACUGUUUAAAGGGUACUGACUUUCUUUUGGUGGUGAAAAUAUUCUAGAACAAUAUAGUGUGGAUCGCACAACAUUGUGAAUGUAUUAAAUACCCCUAAAGGUUAAAAUGGUAAAUUUUAUGUUACAUGUAUUUUACCACUUUUUUUUUUUUUUUAAAGAGGGAGUAAUUGCAGUCAUUACCAAAGACAAAAAGGACAGUGUGCUCAGUCUGUGAAAUGCUCAAGCUAUGGUUUAGAAUUAAAUUACAGUAUUUGUAAUGUAACACAUUUAUUCAGUUUAAAGUCCUAAUGAAAUUCAUGAAUUCCAUCACAGAAAUGCUGCUGACAGCAGGAGAAAUAAAGUUGUGAUUCAUCACAGUUUUCUUAUAUUUAAUACAACUGUAAGUAAUUGGCUUCCAUGUUCAUUUUUUACCUUUUACAUUUUCUUAGGAUUCCUUAUGACACAUCUCAAUCACACUUUUUAAAGGUCCGUACUUAAAAUCAUGUUUUGAAAAAAAUUUGUAUGAUUUUCAUGAUCUUUUUUUAUAAUUUUUUACUUUGUGUUCCUUUUAAAGAACAAAUACACUGAUGUAUUAGAUAAGACUAAAUUAAUAAAUUGAACUUAUGUAU